AUCACUUACCCCACUCUAAUUUUCUGCCUUCUUUCUUUUUGCUUAUUUCUUUCUUCCUUUAUGACCGUACCACGAGAUCUAUUUAUUCAGUUUAUUGAACAAGGACUUCAAAAGGGUUUACUACCAAAAGACAUUACACGUACACUCGAUGGAGAGUACUACUUGGAUCCUACAUUCAUUCAACAGACGAUUGUUAAACAUAUUGAAAAAGAAGGUAGUAGUGAACAGCAAGGUGACCAUUGAAAAGCUAGCAAAGUUGCUUAAUAUCGAACAAUACGUUGCUGCUCAAGUGGUCGAAAAAUCUCCUGAUAAAACAUGGACUCGAGUGGAUGAUCUGAUAGUUACUGAAUCUUUCAUUAGCAGUACUACAAAACAUGUUCAGAAAGAAUUGAACAAAGCAGGCAGUCUAUCGAUCGUGUCAUUAUCUCAAAGCAUGAAAUUACCUUAUAAUGUGUUGAAAUUAACUUUAUCUGCUGUGCAAGGUUACGUUCAGUAUCCUCAGUUACCUGACAUCAUAAUGACAAAAGCUUAUGUGGAACGUGGCAAAACUCGUGUUGAAGAGGCAUUGUCCGCGAUUGAGGAGCCGUGUGCUCUAUUCAAGGUACAGAAAUCAUUAGAUAUACCAGAGGAUAUCUUUUACUUAUGGGUAGAACAAGCGAUAAAAGAGAAAAGUUUGGGCAUCAUCCGAGGAAAGAGGAGUCAACGAUUAUUUGAACCUAAAGACUAUAAGAAGAGACAGAUCAACUUGUUAAAGUCUAUAUUUGAUUCUAAUGGAUUCAUCAGCUUCGAUACAGUGGAGAAUCUAUACAUAUUUAAUAACGCUGUAGACUUGGUCAAGGAUAAUUACGACCCCGAUUCAUAUUAUAUAUUACACUCGUGUAUUAUCAAAACUCACAUCAAGGAUAGUGCAAAGGACGCAUUACAGUCAAUGACAGACUAUUGUGAUGUAAAUGACGUGCUACCCAAUACACUUACACUCGAAGAUGUGAAUAUGGUUAUUGACCUUUGUGUACAAGAGCUGGCCUCUACCAAAAAAAUCAUCAUCUUGGAAAGCGGAUAUGUCACAACUCCUGAAUAUAUCCAAUCACUCAUAGAGGAAUGUCAGCAUUACUUGUAUAGUUUAGCUCAGCGACAAAAGCAAAAGGAUCACAAAGGUCAAGCACGCAAUAACAAGCAUCGUCUUCAGGAACCAGCCAUCAUAAAGGCACUAGAAGCUAUCAAUUGUCCGUAUCAUCUAGCAGAAAAAAUUCUGCCUUUGGUUAGAAAACCAUUGAACGACAGGUUUGAUGAGAUGAUGCAGACGCCUUAUACUGCACAGAUUAAGAUGGAUGGUGAUAGCUGGGUAGUAAAGCAAAAGUCAAGAGAGUAUCAGACACUAGUAAGCAUGAGAAAUUCUAUUUACUUCAAUUAUAAAGCCAUUUGUCUAUUCAAAGAUGAGACAGCAAGAAAAAGUCUAGAAAAAUACUUGCUCAAAAAUCAGUGCACAGAAUUCCUCUAUCACUUUGUCCUUUAUAUCAUUUUGGAUCAGUCUUACAGUAGAGCAGAAGUGGAGCAAUCAACUUCAUUAUGUAUAUCAACAGAAGAUAUAACAAAACAGAGUAUAACAGAUAUUAAACAGCAACGAUCUGUGAUUGCUUACUUUAUUCGAGAAAACGAUCACAAGUACGACAAGACAGGCGUUUUAGAGAUGGAAGGGUUACUGAAAAAGAAGAAACUUGCAUCUUUUAUCGACCUGUUCCUCUUGCAGGAUCAACAGCGUUUAUUCCAGGGUUCACCUAGCAUCGAUAAUGAACAUGCUACAAGACAAACAAACAAGGUGAUAUAUGAACAACUGUAUAAACAAUUGGAGCAAACGAUUAUUUCAGAAGAGACAGCACCUCAAAUCCUUCAUCUUGUUUCAUUACUAUUAUUCUUAAAAUACCAUCAACUACCACUUUAUGUAUCUGGCAAAUUUGUUCCCAUCAUUUUAAACCAACUAGAACAUAAAUUGACAGAGGAAGAACAAACGCUCGUAGGCAGAGCCCACGCAAGUAUUGUGGAUAACAAUAGACAAAAUCACAUAAGCGAUUAUCAAAAGUUGGUUACUCUAGGCUUAAAGCAUUGUUUAUUGCCCUAUUAAAGACCGAUGAAUUUCCAACUGGCUAUAAACAUGGCCUUUUUCAAUAAAUACAAGUAGAUCCUAGUGCGUUUUGACUGAAGAUAAGUGUCCGAAUCAACAAAUGACUGAUAUUCUUCUGGAUUGUUCAGUGACUUGGGCUGUUCUUGAACAUAUUUUAACAAAUUGGAUACGCUGUCACCAAUCACGCCGUCCACUUGCCAAAGGACACAGGUUUUCAUCUGGAGCGGGUCAUUGAUUGUCCAAGUAAACACCUUCUUAUUUUUCAUGUGGGCCUCCUUGAUAAACGAUUG